AUGUCUCUUCUGAUCUGUAACCUCAUCACCAUCAUGAUUGUGCUUUAUCUCUUCCUUCUUCCCGGUGAGUGGCGAUGUGUGCUGCAGAUCUUUCAGCAGGGGUCACCGGAGCUCCGGUCCAAGACGCAGAACCUGGCCGUGGCAGCCUGCGAGGAAGGCAGCUGCUGGCAGCGUGCCUUGAAGAUCCUCGAGGAAGCCGUGGCCGGAGACGUGUACACUUAUUCGUCGGUGGUCGGAGCCUGCGCAAGAGCUGCCCAGUGGCAGGCUGCGCUGGCCACAUUUCAUGCGAUGAUGGGCGUGGCCGUGCAGCCGAACACAGUGACCUGCAACUCCCUGAUGGAUGCCUUAGCCAGUUCCAGCGGCCAGUGGCAGCGGGCCUUCGAGCUACUCUCCAUGCUGCCCCUGUUCGAGGUUCAGGCGGACGAAAUCACCUGGACCUCGGCAAUCAGAGCAUGUGAGACUUGCAACGAGUGGGUUUUGUCCCUGGCGGUGCUCGACCGAAUGCCGCUCUUGCGCAUAAUGCCGAACAUUGUCAGCUAUGGUUCCGCUGUGCGAGCUUGCCGUUGGAGCGACGCUUGGCCACUUGCUCUGGUUCUGGUGGAAAGGAUGCUGGCCCAGAGCAUCGAAGCAGAUUUGCUCUUCAGUAACACGCUUCUCAGCCUCCUGGCCAAGGCUGAGCAGUGGCUCUUGGCGACAGAUCUUCUGGCGUCCAUGGUUUCGGAGAAGAUGGAACCUGAUGAAACGACAUGGGCCACGGUCGCAGACGUGGGCAAGGAUGCAGAACCGGAGACACCUUUCCACUCUUAG